AUGUCACCUCCAAAACAGAAUAUCCUCUUUCUCACAAGCCCAGAGCAUGGACAGUCCAACGUCGCGCUUGCAGUGGCCGAAGAGUUCCUGCGCCGUGGCGAGUUCGAAAUCCACAUCGCCUCCUUUAAAGAACUAUCGCCUCGUGUAGAAGCAAUAAACAAUCAAGCGGAGAGCGACUACGUUAUUCACUUUCAUCCAAUUGCAGGCCCGUGCAUGUCCGAGAUCGUGACCCGUACAACACCGGAUAUCAGUCACCUGCCAGGGCUUGCCGGGACGCGUGAUGCAUGUAACAUAAUCAACAUAUCCGUGUUGGGUUGGAAGCCUGACGAGUAUAUACGAUCAUACCGAAGCUGUCUCGAAGUUCUGCAAGAUAUUCAUCCGGUCGUCGUAGUUGCAGACCCGCUAUUGCAUCUAGGGCUGGAUGCCGCUCGCAGUUUUGACACGCGAAUUGUGGUGCUUUGGCCUGUGCCUUUGAAAGAUGUGGUGGUAACUGUCCAACCAAAGGCUGGCAUUUUUUGGAAAUAUCCCCUCACCGGGUCAGGAUAUCCAUAUCCCCUGCCAUGGAACCUGAUCCUGGCAAAUAUAUACAUGGUAUUCUGCUUCGGAUAUAUUGUUCGCCUAGGAAAGCCCAUGCGCGAUCUCUUGGACAUUCGAAAGAAAGCGGGAAUUCGGACUGAAUUUCCCCACGUGGCGCCUUACUGCGAAAACCAUCUGCAUCUCUCGCCUUCAUUCCGAGAGAUGGACUAUCCGUUAUAUGUCCCGGAUAAUGUCAUCAGCUGCGGUCCCAUCCUCCGGUCAUCUUCUUCACUGAUGGAAAGCGACCCAGCACUGUAUUCGUGGUUGAAGGAGCCAGCAAUCUUGAUAUGUCUUGGGUCACAUGUCCAGGCUCCAGAGAAUGAUGCCAUGCAGAUGACGAUAGCAAUCCAGGCUGUUCUGCACGAGUUUCCCAAUAUGCAGGUCUUGUGGAAGCUCAAAUAUGACUGGGAAAAUUCCCCGGCGGUCAAAAAUGUUCUCGGACCCCUUGUCAAUGCUGACAGAGUGAGAGUUUUUCCAUGGAUCAAGCCAGAAAUUAUAUCUGUUUUGGAAGGUAGUAAUAUAGUUGCGUAUGUUCAUCAUGGAGGAGCCAACUCAUUUUUCGAGGCGUGCAAGGCUGGUGUUCCACAGGUCAUCCUCCCCCAGUGGUUCGACACAUACGACUGUCCAUCCCGAGUAGAGUGGCUAGGAAUUGGCUUACACGGAAGCCGCAAUGUGGCACCGAAAAUAAACGGAUCGGUGCUGUCUUCGGCCCUGUUGCAAGUGCUCAAAGAUAAAGGGAUUCAGGCACGCGCCAGGGCCAUUGGAGAUUUAUGCAAGACAACCGAGGGGCGCGUGUUUGCUCAUGAUCAGAUCGUACAGUACGCCAAGCAAGAG